CACACCUCUCCUUCUCCCUUUUCAAUUUUUUGUUGUAGCUCCCUACUUCUUUAGUGUUUUUGCGGUUAACGUUAACUCGUAAGUUUAUUUUGUAUUACUUUUUAAUUGUGAUUUGUUAUUUUUAUGAUAUUAACUGGACUACGGUUUUUUUGCAGAUGGCAUUCCAAAAGUUCACACUUGGGUUAUGGUGGAAUGGUUACACGGAAGAGACCGGAAAGGGGGUCACCCACGUCGGUGGCAAUUUUCAGAAAAUAAAGAUCGCUACCAGACCGAUGCUUGAAGACCUCUAUCAAAUCUGUACUAAUGUUACUUGCAUGGAUGGCACGAGAAGAGUUGAUCGUAUGGUGUACGGAUAUCCAAACAGAGAAGGCGGGUCGUUGUGGCACAAGGAAUAUCUCAUAACCACUCAGGAUAAGUAGAUGCCAUGCUCGAAUUCUUGAGGUCCAACAAUCUUUCCAAAGCCGAGAUUUCCGUUUACACUAAGGCGGUCGUAGGCGUUGGAGGUCAUUCUGGAGACGGUCAAACAUCAAGUAUCCAAGGUGGAGGUGAAUUAUCUAGAGAUCAUCCCUACGAAAGUUACCAUGAUCCUCAUUCAUAUUUUCAGUACCAAGAGCAAGGUGAAGGUCAUCAUCAAUCUUUCCCAUCAUAUGAAGAAGAAGUUCAACCGGACCAUGCCAACCAACCCGAGUACAACUUCCAAUCAGGCAUCGGUAGUUUUCACAACUAUGAUUAUGGAGCUGAUGAAGGUGCCUUUCAUGAGCUGGAUCAGAUGGAAGAUGCCCUGCCAGCAAUAGUUAGUGACCCCUCCGAUGAAGAAGGAGAGAACAACGUCAGUGCAGAAUGUUCUGACCCUCUUGAAGGUGCUGAUGAUUCAAGACUAGAGUCAGACUUAGAUAAUGAUGAUGAGGUCGCUCGUGACCGUGUACCAGUCCCCUACUACAAUCACAUUCCAUACGAGAAUUGGUGUGUCAACAGCGACAUGGAGCCGCCAGAGGUCCCAGUAUGGGGUCCACUCACUGGGUUUAUGAAGGGCCAACAAUUUGGCUCGAAGAAGGAGGUGCAGCACGCCAUUGAUACUGAAGCAAUAACUCUACAUUUUGAAUGGCACACAACUCAUUCCAACACGAAAAGGCUCAUAGUCAGAUGCUGUAAUCAUCACGAGGGAUGCAAUGUUAGGAUUCAAGCCAUCAACAACAAGAGAUACGACCAUUGGGUCAUAUCCCGUGCAGUGAACACACACACAUGUGUGUCAUCCAUAACAUCCCAAGGCCAUCGACAGUUGAAAUCCAGGGUGGUUGCUGUGGCUAUUGAUAGGGCUAAAGCGUAUGCCUUAAUCCUAUCUCGUAGUAAACCGGAAAGUCCGGGUAUCGUCUCUCAGGGACUGGUACAACCUUAAAUUUUAUCAAGUUUGAAGAGCAAACUAUAGGUGAAAAUGGUUUAAUGAGAUUAUUAAUUACUAGCAAAAUAAUUAAACUAAUUAAGCAAAGUAAAAUGGUGGGUUAUAGGUAUAAUAUGUCCCUCUACUAUGACGUUUUAACAAACAUGCCCCUCUACUCUUUUUAUAUCAAAUAUGCCCCUGUACUUUGAAAAAAUUAUCAAACAUACCCUUUUGUUAAAAUUUCCAUUGAAAAAAUCGUCAAUCAUGGUUUAAUUGAGAUUCAGACGACCAAACAUUGGCAAAUAAGAGGGAAAAUGUCAGUUUUGUCCCAUAUUUUAUUUCCCUGGGUCUUUUCAAAGUGAAAUUAUUUGAAUGAUUUGAUUAUACAAAAGAACCAAAAAAAAUUCUAAAGUGAAUUUAUUAGGUAUACUUUAGUCAUUUGUGUCGCCCAAACUAAAGUACGGCCUUGGUUAACGGUUUUAGGAUGAAAAUUUUAACAAAAGGGCUUGUUUUAU